AUGGGUGUCAAGGCUCGGAACCCCAUACUCCCGUCAACAAGCUUGCCCUGCUUGCGGGGAUCGACUGCGUUGAGCGCUGCUCAGAUCGGGGCCGCGUUACGCAAUUUGCACAGGCUGUACUGCCCGUUGCCAACGUCGCUGGACUUUCACACAGUCAGCAAGAGCCGGCUGACAGCCCCAGACUCCGGCUAUGCUUCAGAAGCCGACAUUGACGACGACGACUCGCCCGAGCUGAUGAGGCGUGACGAGUUUGAGCGCGAGUUUGCGAGGCGUUGGUUGACGCGGUUCAUCGGUCGUGCCUCCGAGCUCUCGCUGGAUGAGAGCAUCUCGGACCCUUUCGUGGAUGAGGCAUGCUCAAUCCUCGGCUUCUUAAGCCAUCGGGUAGAGGAUGAGCCAGUUGGGGUUGAACAUCUCGGAAUGACGCGGGAAUUCGCCUUCUCGUUCGAAAAUGAGGACACUGCAAAGAUCCGUGUCGAAUUGUACGAUACCCCGAUGCAGACCGGAGAAGACCACACAGACGUCGGACUGCAAACUUGGGGUGCAUCCAUCGCUCUGUCGGAGAAGAUAGCCAAGGAACCGGAACUCUUCCGCUUCACCGACGACGUCCUCUCUUCGUCCAGCCGAAUCGUCGAGCUUGGCGCAGGAACUGGACUCGUCAGCUUGUUCUUGUCGAGACUCAUGCCUCACAUCACCGAGGCUCGCCCGGCCAUUUUCGCAACGGACUACCACCCCACCGUCUUGUCAAACCUUGGAGCCAACAUCAGCUCGCACAUGUCUAAAACGCCCAACGCAGCUCCGAUUCAAGCAUGUCAUCUCGAUUGGUCCGCUCCGUCGCUGGAUGCGCCUCUCGACGUCCCAGCAGACAUGCUCAUGGCCGCUGACGUGACAUAUGCCCCGGAACACGCUGUUUGGCUGCGAGACUGCGCCAGCUUGCUUCUCGGCGAUGGGGGAGUCUUUUGGCUAAUGGUCUCACAGAGACCGAAUGGAAAGUUUGCUGGAAUCAGCGACACUGUUGAGGAAGCCUUCCAAGACAAAGAGCGAUGCAGACGGCGGGACGGCAAAGUGCUAACCAUCGCAUCUGUGCAGCAGGUUGCAAAGAAGGGCGAAGUUGGGCGAGCAGACGAAAUCGGAUACAAGCUGUUCGAAAUAAGCUGGUCGUGA